GAUUUAUUACUCUUUGUCAUAUUCUGUACACAGCAUGGCAGGUCCACCAUGUGACUGCUUGAAAAGACGGAUUUAAUGAAACCUAAAAUUAGAUAAUAGAAUUUACCUUGGAAUAACAGAACAAGAUCAAAUAUUUAGACCUUUUGGUUUGUUUUAUCUUAUAUUCAUGUCAUGAAUGGAUGAAUGACGUUCACCACCUAGGACAAUACUGUAGAUAGCAGUCACUGCAAAGGCUGUAGGAGUCAAGUCUGUUCAGUUCACAUUUAUUAGCCAACAGAGGUUAAACCAGAAGCAAACACAUGCAGCUUUUAGCAGUUUGCUGGCUCCUGAAAAAGGUGGUUUUAAUGGUCUAAAUGGUUUGAGCAAACUCAAGUUGUGAUACUGGUGUCAGUGGUGAUUGUAAUAUGAUCCACAUGUUUGUAACGUGCACCUUCCACACAUGAUAUCACUGACGAACACAGAAGACUCACACAGUAAAAUACUAGAUACUAAAAUGGUCCAAAUCCCUUUCUCCCCAGAUGAACAGGUGAAUCAAAGUCAUUUUGGUUUCCUGUCUUCUUGUCUACAGUGAAGAGGACAAAUGAAGGCCUUAGGGGACUGGUCCACUUAUUGUAUUGUUAAGCAGGGGAAUAUGGGUGUUCCCCUUCCCAGAGGUUUAAGAUGUCAGGGCAGUGCAUGGUACAGUGAGGUGGGCCAUUGUCCCAAGUCCCAGGGGUGGAGGUAUCAAGGCAGAGGUGGAGGAGAAGGAACGAGGCAGCUUGAUGACAGAGGUUCGACUCUUUUGAGAAAGACGAAGAGAGAAGGAGAGGGAGCCAGAGGAGGGGAGUCCGCACUUUUUCCCCCACGAAAGACUCAAAGCCCACCAGGUGACGGGGCAAUAUGCGGUUUCCACUCCUGUGGCUGAUAAGUCUGUUUGCGGUGCUGGAAUACUGCAGUGCAGUUGCUGACCUGAGAGACUGCGAGGCAGCAGGCAGCAAGUGCCAUCCUCAAGCAGAGUGUCUGAAGGUCAAAAACAACUUCACCUGUGUGUGCCGCAUGGGCUACCAGGGCGAUGGUCUGUUGUGCAACGACAUCGAUGAAUGUCAGAGUGGCCUGCAUGGCUGUCACUCAAAGGCCCGCUGCAACAACACUCUGGGCAGCUACAGCUGUGUCUGCCGCAACGGAUAUGUUGGAGACGGCACCAACUGCCAGGACAUCGACGAGUGCCAAAAAGAGAAUGGAGGUUGCCACGCCAAUGCUCUCUGUACUAACUUCGAGGGAGGGCGACGGUGCCGGUGUAAAGUCGGCUUCGGGGGCAAUGGCUUCCAAUGUUCUGAUGUUAACGAAUGCACUAACCAAAGGAUCUGCCAUUGGAACGCCACCUGCAUCAACAACCCUGGGUCCUAUGUGUGUACCUGUAAUGCUGGCUACAAGGGCAACGGAAACUACCUGUGUCUUGACAUAGAUGAAUGUUCAGAGACUCCUCAUGUUUGUUCUUCCUCACUUGGCUACAGAGGCUGUAAAAAUCUGCCAGGCACCUACCACUGCACGUGCAGCAGUGGCUUCGAAAGUAACGGGCAGAGCUGUGUGGACAUCGACGAAUGUGCAAGCAACAUCUGCAGUCUAUAUGCAGACUGUGUAAACACAAUGGGGUCCUACCGGUGUACCUGCAACAGUGGUUUUGUAGGAAAUGGGCUGACAUGUGCAGACAUAAAUGAAUGCAAUGAAAACAAUCAAUGCGACCCCGAUGCUGUCUGUAUCAACAGGCUGGGGAGUUACGAGUGCUCCUGUCUGGGCGGUUUUGUCGGAGAUGGACGACUGUGUGAAGACAUUGAUGAGUGUGCAACACCCAGCAUCUGCCCUUCUUCCACUACCUGCGUCAACACUGGCGGGUCAUAUUACUGCGACUGUGGUAGUGGCUUCAUCUACAAUGACUCCAAGUGCUAUGAUGUGAAUGAGUGUGUGGCAGGCCGCUGCAGCCCCUCUGCAACCUGCACAAAUUCACCUGGCUCCUUCUCUUGUCAGUGUGCAGCAGGGUACAGGGGAGAUGGCUUCACCUGUGUAGAUGUUGAUGAAUGCUCGUUGGCUAAGCAGUGCCACUCAAAUGCAAUUUGCAUUAACCUUCCUGGCUCUUACAACUGCACAUGUCGGGUGGGUUAUUCUGGAGAUGGGGUGAUCCAGUGCAAUGAUGUGAACGAGUGUCUGGUGGAUAAUGGAGGUUGCAGAAACAAGGCUACAUGUGUCAACAACCAGGGUUCCUUCUCUUGCUUGUGCCUACCAGGCUUCACCUUGGUUAACCGGACUCUUUGCCAAGAUAUAAAUGAGUGUAAUGAACUGAACAAUCCAUGUGGAGUGAAUGAAGAGUGCAAGAAUAUUGACGGAUCACAUGAGUGCCCCUGCCGGGUCGGUUACUACCGCCCAGCCAGCAACAUGGACUGUGUUGAUAUGGAUGAGUGUAAAGACAACCCUUGCCAUGUCAACGCCACAUGCCUCAACACCAUCGGGUCCCACACUUGCACCUGUAAGCGAGGUUUUGUAGCAAAUGGCAGCAAGUGUGAGGAUAUUGAUGAGUGUUCUGCGGUGGGUACAUGUCACCCACAGGCAGUAUGUACAAACGUCAUAGGAGACUUCUUCUGCUCCUGUGAGCAGGGUUUCAAAGGUGAUGGCUUCUCCUGUCUUGAUGUGGAUGAGUGCACCCUCUCUGAUACCAUCUGCCCGGCCUUCUCAAAGUGUAUCAACUCCCCUGGUGCUCAUGUCUGCUCAUGUUUGAAUGGUACAGUGGCCUUCAAUGACACCUGUGUGCCACCCAGUCCGUUGUGUGACCCUUCCUGCCACAGUCAUGGCCUGUGCCACCGUUCACCCGCUGGAUACCAGUGUGUGUGUGACCUGGGUUAUGUGGGUAAUGGCCUGACUUGUUCUGACAUAGAUGAGUGCCAGAGGGAAAACGUUUGUCCUGAAAAUGAAACGGAGUGUGUGAAUAUCCCAGGAUCGUUUUCCUGUGUCUGCAGAAAAGGCUACACUCUCAGUGGAACACAAUGUGUUGAUGUGAACGAGUGCGAGACAGGGCAGCAGGAGUGCAGCGAGUUUGCCAAGUGUGUCAACACAAUGGGCAGCCAUUCCUGCUUCUGUCUCAGCGGCUUCACAGGUGAUGGGAAGAACUGCUCUGACUUCGAUGAGUGCCAAGUCCAAAAUGGAGGAUGCCAUCCAGUUGCCAGCUGCACUAACACGCCUGGAUCUUUCUACUGCGCCUGUCCGCCUGGCAUGGAGGGCAGUGGCUUUGACUGCCAGGAUGUGAAUGAGUGUGAGCAGAACUCCUCCCUGAUACACAACUGCAGUGCCCAGGCUUUGUGCCUCAACUCAAACGGGUCCUACAUCUGCCAGUGCCUGGAUGGAUAUCAUGGCGAUGGCUUUGUUUGUGAAGAUGUGGAUGAAUGUCAGCUGACCACAACCUGUAGCAGCAACACGACAUGCACUAACACCCCUGGUUCCUAUGCAUGUGCGUGUAUCUUGGUCCUGGUGUAUGACAAGGGCACGUGUGUGAGUCAAGACACCUGCCUAAAUGCUAGUAAUGCCUGCCACCCCCUCGCUGAGUGCCGCCCACACCAGGGUUCCUUCUACUGCCGGUGCAAAGAUGGUUAUGAAGGAAGUGGCACUGAUUGCUGGGAUGUAGAUGAAUGUGACCAUUCACAAGGUGAAGUCUGCCAUGCCUUCUCCUACUGCUUCAACACUGACGGCUCCUACAUCUGUGACUGCUGGGAGGGGUUUGAAGACAAUGGGACACACUGUCAGGACAUGGAUGAAUGUGUGACAGGGAACUUCACCUGCCCUGACAACAGUACCUGUACUAAUAUAGAGGGGAGCUAUGACUGUACCUGUGACGCAGGAUUCUCAGGCAACAGCUCCUUGUGUUUGGACAUAGAUGAGUGCUCGCUUGGCCUCAUCCAGUGUCCUAAUUUCUCAAACUGCCUAAACACAGUUGGAUCUUUUGACUGUGAGUGCUGGGGAGGUUACCAAGGCACCAACACAGACUGUGAGGAUAUCGAUGAGUGCCUAGACAACUCCACCUGCCCUGAGCAAAGCAUGUGCAUCAACACAAAUGGAGGCUACCUCUGUCUUUGUGAUGCUGGAUUUUUCAGUGUUGAUGACUUGUGUGUGGACAUCGAUGAAUGCAAGGAUACUAAGCUGGGGGAGUUUUGCACUAAUGGGACAUGUAUGAAUGCUAUUGGGUCAUAUUACUGUGAAUGUAUCAAAGGAUUCUGGAGUAAUGGGACAGAGUGCAUGGAUGUAGAUGAAUGCUCAGACUCACUCAACUCUUCAUUGUGUCAGCCCCAUUCUAUAUGUGUCAACAUCCCUGGGUCUUACCUUUGCCCCUGUAAUGAGGGGUUUAUUCUUAAUGGUACAGAGUGUCAGGAUGUGGAUGAGUGUCACAACCAAGAUCGUACCCCAUGCCCUGAGCACUCAUUAUGUAACAACACAGCAGGGUCAUUCUUCUGUCUGUGUUCUCCUGGGUACAAACCCAUUAGCCUGGGCUGUGAGGACAUCGAUGAAUGCAAGGUCAACACCACCUGCCGCUUUGACCAGGUGUGUACCAACCUGCCUGGAGCGUACAACUGCUCUUGUCCCCUGGGGUAUCACGAGGAGAAACAGGCAUGUGUGGACACCGAUGAAUGUGAGACUUCACCCUGCCAUCGCUUAGCACGGUGCUGGAACACCCCUGGCUCUUUUUCAUGCCACUGCCCCCUUGGCUUCGCUGGAAAUGGUACCUGGUGCAAAGAUGUGGAUGAGUGCGUUGCCCUGACCAAACCAUGCCACCCUCUCGCUCACUGUCACAACACCCCAGGGUCAUUUGUAUGUGUGUGUAUGCCUGGUUUUGUAAGUAUCGGGUCGCUGUGCGUAGACUUUGAUGAAUGCCAACAGGUUGAUGGGCUUUGUCACUCUGCUGCCACCUGCUCCAACCAUGUAGGAAGUUUCAAAUGCUCAUGCAGUCGUGGCUGGAAUGCCACCAAAGAUAAUGGUCUUGGAAAAGGAGGAUGUGUGGACUUGGAUGAGUGUUUGUCACCCAUGACAUGCCCUGGGCAAACAUCCUGUACCAACCUGCUAGGGUCUUAUACCUGUUCCUGUCCCAAAAACAGCACAGUGUGCAGAAGAAUGGCUCAAAAGGAGAGCAACCUGUACCCUUUUGGAUCAGAGGUUGGUGAUAAAGGAGUACAGGUGGACACAGAAGAUGGAAAUUCACCGUAUAUCACACCGCCAAUGGGUUUUCCCUUUAUGGGAAAAUUAUACGACAGGGUUUAUUUUUCUGACAAUGGCCUUGUCCAGUUUCAGUCCGUCGCUGAGAAUGAGCAGUACCUGCUGCCUGCUCCUUUAGCCAGUGGUUUCCCCGACAACAUGAAUGUGGCUCUGUUGGCGGUGUUCUGGGAUGAUGCUGACCUCACCACUGGCCAUGGACGGCUGCUCUAUCAGGAAUACCAUAAGGUGGACAUGUCAGAUGUCUACUCCCAGAUAGUGUUUAAUCGUACUGCAGAUGAAGUGACAAAGUUUGAGGUGCAGAGAAGCAAGUCUGCUUUUACCCCCGCCUGGAUCCUCAAGAUCACCUGGGACAAUGUGAUGCCCGUGUCCUACCAGAAGAUCAACCUCUCAGAGAUUAACACUUUCCAGUGUAUCCUGACUACGGAUGGAGCACGUUCCUUUGCCCUCUUGCGAUAUGGGGAGAUGCACUGGGGUCCUGGCCAGAGGCAAUAUCACGACGCUCUCAUUGGCUACACAGAUGGAAAAUCCUCAUUCAAGGAGCCCACUGUCCCCCCAGAAAACCUUUUCGGGCCUGGAGGCAGAUACAGGCCCCAACAGGUGAAAGGGACCCUGGGGAUGUUAGGUCAGCUGGUGUAUGAUUUGACAGGACCAGCAGGGUCAGACAUAGAUCCCCAAAUCAGGUGCCAAGCAUGGGCAAUGAAGGAGCCUGACCCUGCUGAGUGGACAAAGGAGCUGUCUUCAUGUCCUUGCAUCCGCACCCAGGCUCUGGAGGACCUGUCGUUCUUACAGGACACUACCGAUCUGGGCUUAAGAGUGAAGACGCUAAGGGGUCAGCGUUGGGGGGGUGCAGGGGGGCACAUCUUCAAGUCAGUCCUGUCCAACAGAUAUGGUUCAGGGAAGAGGUGUGUGUAUGAACCAGAAGGUCCCCUGCUGGCUGGGUACAACGAACGCUACUUCUCCAUACACAGCGUACAGAAACAUAUCGAUGAAGAUCUCCUGCCAUUCCAGUGGUGUUGUAUUGAGUCCCCUUUAUGUCACCUGUACCUCAACAAGAGACCGCUGGACCGUUGCCAAGGUUACAGCUGGGCCUGCCCAGACGGCUGCACCCCGGCCAAGAAGGCGACACAGGGUGUAGCAAUGGUCUAUGGCAGCCUCCAUUUCAUCACCUUUGACGGUACGGAGUACUCCUUCAAGGCCCUGGGAGAGUUUGUGAUAUUGCGUCUCUCUUCCACCACCGGCUCUAAUAUCUUCACCCUGCAAGGACAGACUGACAAGCUACACAUAGAUGCAAAGGGGAUCAUUGAGGUCCCAGUGGUGGUGCGCAUGGCUGCCUUCCACCAGGGCAUUGGCAAGAUUGAAUGGAGAUGUGCCGAGAAGGGAGAUGGACUCCAGGUUUUCGUGGAUAAUGUUGAGGUCCCACUCACAGUUGGUGUCGUGCACAUGGGUGAGAAGGACUUUGCUGUGCGCUGUAUGUCAAUGAAUCGCUGUGCAGCAGUAUACGCUGGUGGUCUCCAUGUGGUGGUAUGGCGGGCUGUCGGCCACAAUCAGCUGGUGGCCUUGGUGGAGGUUCCUCAGACCUUCUACAACCGCACUGUGGGUCUCAUGGGACUCUGGAGCUCCAACCGCUCAGACGACUUCCUCAUGUCCGACGGCAGGCUCCUCCCCUUAGCUGACCUCAACCCCCCCCCAGAGGAGAGACUGCAUGACUUUGGCAUGUCCUGGGCAGUCCCAGUCCCAGAGAGCCUGUUGUUCUCUCCGCCUCCACUGGUUCCACUGGAGCAUGUCUCCUCUGAGCACCUAAUGGAAAGCGUCAGUCCUGCUGAGAUGGAGGAGCUGAGGAGAACAUGUAAAGGCAGCAUGGAGUGUGUCUAUGACACCCUAGCAUCUGGCAGCUCUGACCUGGGCUUACAGACCCUGGACGCCAAGAAGAAAUACCAAAAUCUGGCUCUGAUCUAUGGUAACAUGCCUCCCAUACUGACAGAGCCCACAGUGAUCUGCAGUAAGGUCAAUUCUACUGUCAACAUUCAGAUCGUUGCUCAGGACCCUAACGGAGACCCCAUCACCUACUCACUGCUCUACCCCAGGCCUCCACGGGCUUCUAUUGGCAGCGGUGAUGGCUACCUGACAUGGACUCCCCUCAGCACCCAGCCUGUCCAGCUGACCAUCAAGGUCAGUGACGAGCUCACUAGCUCCCUGUUUACCCCCAUUCUACGCGUUUGCAACUGCCUCAAUGGAGGAACCUGCCAGUAUGACAGCAUCGCUGAAAACCACCAGCAGGGAAGGUUCCAGGUGGUGGGGUGCUUGUGCCCAAAGGGGUUCAGUGGGAAGUUCUGUGGGAACACUUCAGACGUAUGUCAAGGCAAGCCCUGUUUCCGAGGGGUGAAGUGCCAGUCGAAGACAGAGCUUGAUCAGUUCACCUGUGGAGAUUGUCCCGAGGAUACUGUCGCCAAAGGAAAACAAGGAUACAAGUGCUUUGAGCAUGACAUGUGUAUCCCUCCUUUCCCCUUCCCCUGCCACAAAGAUGCCGACUGCCGCAGCACAAAGCAGAACUACACCUGCACAUGUAAGCCCGGCUUUACUGGAAACGGGCACAACUGCACAGAUAUAGACGAGUGUGCAGAGCUCUCAACCUGCCCCAAUGCUAAGUUUGAGUGUAAGAACAAGCCGGGCUCUGUUGACUGCGUCUGUAGAUACAAGGACACCAAGGACACUGAUGGAUGUGGUGACUCUGCCAACCCUCCAGGGUCUAAUUUGUUCAAUGUCUCUGUGAGUUGGAAGAAGAACAGAUCUGACGGACUCAAACAGCUGGUGGACAUUCUGUUGAUGGGUUUCCAGAACAAAUUCUACAACGCCAGUAAGAAGGACGCAUUACUGGGCUCCAAACCAGGUUUGGAUGAAUAUCGUAUCAACGUGUCCAGUGACACACCCCACUGGUAUAUCAGAGACUACCUGGCCAGAGUUAGCAGCCUCUAUGAUAUCCGUGCCAUUGAAGUUGAUGAUCUGGAUGAGUGUAAGGCCAAGGAGGCGGUGUGUGCCCAUCCAGCUCUCUGUGCCAACACUUACGGAGGCUACAGGUGUGUUUGUAACGGCACUGAUGUGGAUGAAACCCAGUCCUGUGUAUUAGAGAGAGACAAGGUGAGCGAUGUGGAGCUGGACCUUGUUCUGGGGCUGGUUCUGGGCAUCGGCAUCCCUCUGCUCCUGCUGCUUCUCCUGGCUGCGCUGGCCUGCUUCUGCUGCUGCAAGAAGACUGUUACUGGAGACCUCCCCCACUUGUUGCCAGACCACAUCCAAGAGCAGUACAACCCUCCGCCCUUCAACUACUCCGACCCUGCCCUGCACUACAUGACCCACUGCAGCCCCCGGAUCAUAGACAACAUCGCACCCAGGCAGCGCCUCAGAUAGCACACACUAAAACCGUAUAAACAGACAUGGAUGUGUGAACAUCACUCACACAGACAGUAAAGCUUGUACACAAAAAUGCACGGACUUACAAACACAAUGCAAGCACUUUUGGAGCCACUGUCUGUCUUAUCAUGACAGGAUGAAUGACUCUUAUUUAUACGGUAACAAACAAGUAAUUAAACCCAAGGGACUUUUAAAGUCAAUUAUUUCAGAUCCUCUCCACUGAGCGAUGGACCUGCCAAUUGUGAGCUGAAAGUUUUUUCGGCUGGACAACAGUUUACAGUCAGAGUCUGACCCAGCAGAACUCGACAAUCUCUUGGCUGGAGACGGCGAUGAAAAGUAAACCACUGCAGUGGUCUUUAGCUUCCAGCUGAUACUAGGCCAACAGCAUCCUGGAUAUCAAUUUUAGCAGCUGCCAGCACACCUGGCAUCGUGCGCCCUCCCUCUGUUCACAAUUAUAUUCAGUGCCGAGCUUGAUAUUGCACCUGUCCAAAAUGUACAGUAACACAUCCAUAUUUGGAAAAUCAGCGUCACUCAUAAUCAACAAAACAUCGUUGAUUUAAUUUAUGUAAGUGUUAUUAUUUUGCAAACACACACACACACAAAAAAGCAUUCAUCUCACUUUGGAAUUACACAACAGACGGCAAAUGAUUCUUCUCACUGGAUUGUCUCUCUGUUAAUUUAACACAGCAGAGAAAUUCAGUGUUUCAACUGGCAGCUGUCUUUUGUAAAGCUGGACUGUCAAUGCAGGUUAAAAGCUAUGUUAGUAACAUUGCUGCUGUGACUUCAAGAGCUGGUGAGAGUAUACAUUGAAUUUAGCUAUCGAAACAAUCAUGUCAAUUUACUAAUGUUGGGAAAAGAAUGGCCGUGUGGCUAAAGAUAUGGUCUUCUAAACAGAAAGCUCCAGGUUUCCUUGGUAUCCUUGAGUAUAAGACAGUUAAUCCAUAGACCGACUGUAGAGUUUUUGUCUACAUCUCACCUUGACCUGCAAUUUAGGAGGAAAAGGAUUAACACAUUGUCAUCUUCCUACAAGCUGAUACACAACAAGCUCUAGUUGCUGGCAGCUGAUUGAACUCAGUGUCUUUAAAAAGUGGUCCUACUGAAACAAUAACGUCAUUUCCUCCAAAUGUUAUUCUUGGCAGGGUGGAAAAGCACUUCACAUUCUGAAAAUGAAGGACAUUGGAAUAAAGGACGCCUCUACUUCUACUACUGUAUUAAAAUCGUGUCUUCCAUUGACUGUCAGUGCAGUAUUGAUCAUUGUAUACAGUUACUUCAAAUCAAUUAAACUGCAUAUCAAAGUAAUACGGACCUGCCAAAAUCCGAUUUUAAAUUAAACAUUAAUAUGUCAUCUAAUCAGUGGUGGAAGAAGUACUCAGAUCUUUCACUUAUGUAAUACCAUAGCAUAAAAAUACUCCGUUAUAAAUUUUACCUACAUAUACGCCCUACUCCGAAGGCCCCAAGGUCACAGUUUGCCCACUGGUUGUGUGUAAUCUGACUAACUGCAAGUUUU